UUGUAAUAUGCUUCCAAAUCGAAAAUGGCGUCUGCGUCAAAGUAAUGAAAAUAAGAUAGGUUUUUUUCGCCUUCAGGGCUUAGGUGCUUAGAUUACUGAUUAGUAUUAUAAUCGUGUGGAAUUUUUCAGGCUGUUGGAAGUAUGAUUGUUCAAGAACCUGUUCAAGCCACUAUUUGGCACUGUUUAAAUCAUUACGCUUAUCCUGAUGCCAUAUUUCUAGCAGAACGUCUGUAUGCUGAAGUUGAAUCAGAAGAGUCUAUGUUUUUGCUGGCUACGUGCUAUUAUCGUUCAGGGAAAACAUGGCAAGCCUACGCAAUCCUUCAUGAUAAGAAACUCUCUUCGCCUCAGUGCAGAUAUCUUCUAGCCAAAUGUUGUCUGGACCUUCAGAAAAUCUCUGAAGCAGAAACUAUUAUCACCGGGGGAGACUUCAUUAGAAUGCGCACAGUAGAAGAAAUUGUAUCAGAUUUCGGCGAGCAAGCGUGCUUUGUACUACUAAUAUAUGCUCGUAUAUGCGCACAGACAGAGCGCUCGAAGAGAGCCUCUGAAGCGUAUCGCAAAGCGCUCAAGCUGAAUCCCUUUCUGUGGUCUGCUUUUGAAGAACUUUGCAACCGCGGCGAGAAGCCGGACCCCGUUCGAACUUUUGAAGUUUCAAAUUUGGAUAAUUUUUCGAUGUGUUAUGGUGUGAAUCCUGUGUUGAGUUUUGUAAAUAGCUGUGGAUAUUUGAGUGGCUGUCCUAAUAUGAGCAACACUAGCAGUCCAGCCAAUAAUACUGACCCUAUCAAUAGCACACCUAUCCAGGUGUUGAACUGUUUCAAUUCGACAUUGGGCAACGCACGGUCGUUUGUGCUGGACGAGAGCCCACUUGCAGUUGCCCUCAACAGCACCCACUCAGCUCUACCAACCUUCACCUCUGCCCGCGGGAAGAACGGGAAGUUCAGGAACCUGUUCAGUGGCGUAAAUACUCCUAGUUUUGGUUUCCUCCCACUGGACAACACCGGUUCGGACGACUCUCUGCAAAAGGCACUAGCAGUUCUCUCCCCGAGCGUUCCUCCGUCGACUCUCAUGGAAGCCAACGACCAGAAGAGCCUGGCUAAGAGAGUCAGCAGUCUCCGGGCCCAUGUUGGGCAGCUGAUCAGCCGCAAGGAGACGCCGCUGCAGCUGAGCAAGCCGGUGUUCAGCCAGUCGGGCAACACCGGCAACUCCAACAUCCCGUCGUCGCCCAGCCAGCCUGUGGCCACGCCGCCACUGCAGCCCAGCCAGAAUGUGCGCAGGAGCUCGCGGCUGUUCAGCAACAGCUACUCCGUCAAGGAAAACAACAAAAGCCCAAAUAGAAACAAAUUUGUUACACCAAAGUCACCUUCUCGUAAGACCAAGUCACGGAUGUCGAAAACAAAUUUGAACAAAACAAGUUUCAGUGACUUGAACGAAAGGAAUCGCAGUGAGAAGGAAAAGUCUGAAACCAUAACUUCAUCAGAGAGCAGACUCAUUACCAACACUUCCAUGCAAAAUGUGGCACAGAAGGCACUUUUGCUACAAAAACAGUCUGCUGAGGGCCUGAUGCAGCUGCUACGUGAGAUGGGCACGGCCUACCUGCACCUGUCGCAGUUCAACUGCCACAAGGCCAUCGAGUGCCUCGACAACCUGCCGCCGCAGCAGCGCAACACUGGCUGGGUCCUGUGCAUGCUGGGCAAGGCCCACUACGAGCUCGCUCAGUUCAAGGAGUCCGCCAGCUGCUUCAGGGAGGUGCGGGAGCGGGAGCGGUACCGCUGCCAGCUCAUGGAGCUGUACAGCACGGCUCUGUGGCAGCUGCAGCACGAGGUGGCUCUCUCCGCGCUGGCCCAAGAGCUGGUGGACCAGGACCGCAGCUGCGCCGCCGCCUGGUGCGCCGCCGGCAACUGCUUCAGCCUGCAGAAGGAGCACGACAGCGCCAUCAAGUUCUUCCAGAGGGCCGUUCAGGUUGACCCUUUGUUCGUUUAUGCAUACACACUGCUAGGACAUGAGUUUGUGACCACUGAAGAACUGGACAAAGCCAUGAGCUGUUUCAGAAGUGCAAUUAGAAUUGAUUCGAGGCACUACAAUGCAAUAUAUGGCAUUGGAACAAUAUAUUCUAAGCAGGAACGAUACAAGCUGGCUGAAGUAUAUUUCAGAAAAGCUCUGGCCAUCAACAGCCAGAGUUCAGUACUUCUGUGUCAUGUUGGUGUGGUGCAGCACGCACUGCAGAAGACGGACGCAGCGCUCCAGACACUGAACUUGGCCAUCAGCAAGGACCCGGCGAACCCCCUGUGCAAGUUCCACCGGGCGUCCAUCUAUUUUGCGGUCGGCCGCCACGUGGACGCGCUCAAGGAGCUGGAGGAGCUCAAAGAAAUGGUGCCUCGCGAGUCUCUGGUCUACUACUUGACCGGCAGGGUUCAUAAAAAGUUAGGUAAUACUCAUUUGGCAUUGAUGCACUUUAGUUGGGCUACGGAUCUUGAUCCAAAAGGUGCAAACAGCCAGAUCAAAGAAGGAAUUGAUCCCGCACUGACGAGGUCGCAAGUCGAAGAUGACUCUUCUACACCAGCAGGAGAAGACUUUCCAAGUGAAGGCAGCUUGGCAGUGGCGACUCCUACACUGCAGCGGUUUGUCCCAGCGAGCUACAGGACGCCAGAAAGCGACGACAGCAUAUAACACACUUUACUAGCUUGGACAUCUGUGUAAUCAGAAGAUGCUAUCUGCUAUCCCACGCAUUACAGUUGGUGCCACCGGACUGUGAGAUGCCCUAUGAUCGUUUCCAUGUUUGUGUUUUGUUGGGUCUUCAUCCUAUACUGCAGCACCGGCACACCACAUGAUGGAGCUAUACGAGAGCGAGCAUUCCUAGUUUCAGUUUCCAGUUUUGAGUUCAGUUGAAAUAACAUCACCCGAAGGAGUAUGAAUAGAUACAACACAGUACUUGCACUACAAAUCGAACAAUCAACGGUGUUGCAAUAUCUGGAGUAGAACAUCUCAAAUUCCCUUAAAUGAUUUUUAAAAAUCAUCCAUUUUGUUUUUUUUUUUAAUGAUUCUUUUAUAUAAUAGUGUACAUAAUUUUAUUUUCUGCUGUAAUAAAUGAUUUGUAUUUAUUGACACCUGUAAUGUUGUAAAAUUUUGAAAAAAAUUGUUUUAUGAGAAAUUUUGUUGUCGAGUGAUAUUUUGAUUCGGGUAACAAUUUUUUUUCUGUGGAAUUUAGUUUCCAUGGUUGUAAUUCUUUGUUUAUUUACUGUUUUGGAGUUAAAAAAAUUAUUAAAUUUUGAUUCAAUCACCUGCAUUGUGUAAAAAUUGUUGCAUAUUCCCUACAUUUUUGAAAACAUCAAAUAACCAAAUGACUCCCUAUGCAGUAAAAUAAAUGGUGUUUGAAAAGCUUUAUCUAUAUAUUGAGUUACACAUAUAGGUGCCAAUCAUAUGUCUGCUAGCUUUUUUUUAAUAAAAACUGGCAAUGCCAAUGCUCUAAGUAGCAAGUGUACAGUAAAUCCCCAUUACGAUCCCUUACGGUUCUUGGGAAUAGGAGGUCCUAAUAAACAUUUUGGAUCAUAAUUCUAGAAAACUUUUAUUUGGGUGAAAAUUUUAUACAUUUGUAGCAACCAAGAUAUUACGUUAUCUGAACACUGCAGAAUAAUAUACACACACACACACACACAUAUAUAAAAUGUAUUCUAAGAAAUAGUACAGUGUUUUAAUGUGGUACCCUUCAAUUCCAUUUAAUGUACAGUAACACAGUAAGUCAUUUAACUGGUUAUGUUCUCAAAAAAUGUCGGAUUAAGCAUGGUCUAUUAAUUUGCAUCUUCUUUUAAAGAUCAGUUUCAAAAUUCCAAGUUAAGUUUUUGAUCUUCCAAAAAGUCAACAUUUUGCAGUAUAUCUCAGAAGUGGUAGGCAUGUUUGAACAAAUGGUACUGUGCAUUAAAUUUUCAGGUUUUCUUACUGUUUCGUGCCAGAAAUUUUUUUAAGUGCAGGUUUUCUCCAGCAUCAGCUUGUAGUAUUUUAUUUUACUGCAUGCUUUGUGUUUCAUGUUUCCAUGCAGUUUGCAGCAGUGAUUUUAAUUUAUUAAAUCAUACUUUCUGACAAACUUAAUGCAAGACCAUCUCUGUUAUUCUUGCAAUUGCUGUAUCACAUGGUUGGUUUAUCUCUUCUUAUUUGACAAGUGCAAAAUAUCACCUCCUUUAAGAACAAACAUACACACAUGCUGCAGUUAAAUGCACAAACAUUAGAGAACCUUUCACUUCCAAGUUCUGUCACUUCUUUAUAUGUCAACUGGUUGGCUAUAAUUUGGGUUAGGUGCAUCAGGUUUGGGCAGAUAAAGUGAAUCUACAGUGUUUGAAGGCUACCGGCUAGACUUAUAUGAAUAUACCGUGUUUAUGUUAACCAUUACAGGUGUAAACAAACACCAGCAUUUGUUCUGUUAGCCUUACUUAUAAGUGAUGAAAUGAUAAUUUUGAAAAACAUCCUACUUGAUAAAUUAAUUGUUGGUGAACUAAUUCUUAUUUGAUGAAGAAACAAUUUGUGUGGCUGUACUAAAUACUGUGGUCAAUCUUGCCACAUAUAGAACAGGAUUUACUGCUUUACUAACUGAAUUUUAGGGAAACACGGAUUACUUGAAGCAUUACCCCAAUGUUGGCAAGUAAGUAAUACUUAUUUCAGCAACUAUGAAUUUAAAAUGGUACUUAAGGGCUCUGCCUACCUGGGAACUCUUAGCGGUGUGCAGAGUUUCAGAAAAAAACACGCAGGUUUAAAACUGCUCAUGAUAUCCGAGUGGGGUCUAUUUACGAAAGGCGUUCAAGAAUACACUGAGAGUAGAUAAGUUGUUCUGUUUCAGGAUUUUGUUUUCAAACUACAUUUUUUAUGAAAGUGAAAAUGGUGAAAACUUGUGUUUUUAGAAUAAUAUUUAGGCAUUGAAACACCCAAUACAGAUUCUUGAAAGCACUUGAGGAACUUGCUUAACAUCUUUAUCUUCAUUUCUCUGCCAUAUGAUGUUAAAAUAACACCUCUGAUUUCAUAGUUGCCCUGUGCAUGACGAGAAAACUGUACGCCAGUUCAGAGCCUUACGAUACCGCGCUAGAAGUACCAGUGAGCGUUGCGCUUAUCAUCCCGCCUUGUACACCCCUGACUAGGCGGGCCCUUUAAUUACGCGUAAAGCAAAAUAAUUUUAGCAUCCGUAGUAAACAUAAGGCUAGAAAUUACAAUGUCCAUUAAAACAAGUGUCUUUUAGUGUCAGUUUAAGGACGACCUCUUAUGUAUACGAAUUUUGUUGCAUUGCAUAGAUAUUUUAAUAAUAUGGAUGUGAUGAAUCCUUAAACGUUUUAAAAGUUAAAAUACAGUAAAACCUUUUUGUUACAACCCCAUUUUUUGCGACCACCUCUCUAUUACAACCAAAUUUCAAGGAACCGUUAAAAAAAUUGCUGAAAAUCCGAAGAAAAUCAGACAGAAAAUAAGUUUCUUGUGGUGAGUAGCGUGUUAUUGCAUUUCUCUUGCCCAGUGCUGUACUGCCGUAGGCAGUGCAUAAUCUAAAAAUAGAUACCACUUCCUGUCGACCGCUGUCAGCGCUUAACAACCCCCAUUCCACGUCCUUUUGCCGGAAGGGUGCAGAUAAAGGUUUUUGUGGCAACGUGUUUACGUUUAGCUUUUUGCGAGUGUCUAGUGUGGUACGCAGUUAAGGCAAAGCUACCUGCUGGAUUUCUCUUGAUUUUGAUUACUAUUGGUUGACAAUGUUUGCUUAGUUUUUGAAGUCCUAUUUGGUAUAUAUUUCUGGCUUGAAUUUGUGAACUAUUGUUGAUGACAUUCAGGUUUCUUUUCUUUUUUUUUCCGAUUUUGUGUAUUAUGACUUAAUAAAUAAAAUACCAUUAAAUAUUAAUUACUAUUAAUAUCUUCAACGCAGGAAAAACCCUCCAGCCGCAGCGUGUGAACAUGGUAGUCGGCUGCUCGCUCGCCCUUGCUCACCCUCUCCCCGUACCGUGCGCUGCGGCCGAUCUCGGAUGUUGCUUGUACAUGUUAACAAUCACGUUAUCUGCUUCAUUUUAACGAGGAGAGUAAAUAUAUAUUAAAACUGUCAGAAAAUUGAUAAAAGCUUUGUGUGUCCGCAAAACAGGGCACAACACUGGCCCGCCAGUUGUUUUCAUUCAAAACGUGGCUAAAAAACUUGCAUGGAUCAGGCUGAAAACAUCCGGCAAUACGUGUAGGUUAUAAGGAAUGAAUUGGUUAUGAAUUGAGAUGUUAUGUUUUUCGAGUAGAUAUACACAGCGACCGACUGGAUGCAGGCCCGCCUCGACUUGUUUUAACUGCGCAGCGAUGUUUAUUUUGACAGCUGAAGCAAUUAUCUUUUUUCCGUGGGUUGAUAGAAAAAGGUUGCUUCACCCAGCAUAAAAAAAAAACCUACGCCACUUAUUCCCCAAGCAGGAAACACACUGGCUGCCAUCUGUCUCCCCCGCAUUUAUCUUUCUUCUAACAUUCCACGUCUCGCCUCUCGCGCGAGCAUUAAGGAAGCAACCACGCAUUGGGCCGUUUUAUGCUUUGUUUGGUGACAGUAGCUUGAUUUUAUUCGGUAUAUUCCUUUUCAUAGGACUCUUGCUAUUAAAAUACAUUUAUAUUUAAGUUUGAAAGCUUGUAAAUUCCUUGCCAGAGAUGACUGAACUUGAACUUGGUGUGAAAAGUGCCAUAUUUUGACAUACUUUUUUUUGGGCAUGUUUGGUGCGGAGGGAGGGGUCUGAAAAUAUUUACAACGAUCUUACCCCUCCCUCACCGUAUUAGUACCCCAUUCAUAAUAGCCAAAUUUUACGGGAGAAGGGAGGGUGAAAAAUGUAUUUUCUCACUGAAGGUUUUUCAAAGGGGAGUGAAGUUGGUGUGUUAUAAGGGAGGACACUAGAUGGUUUGUGUGUCUGGGAGGGAUGAGCUAGCCUUGAAGAAUGUUACAGAGGGGAGGGCGUCAUGAAGCCACUGCCGCCAACCAGCCAGGCGAGCUUUGUGUGCACCCACUCACAUUGCAGAACCUACCGCUGCCAUAUUUUUAAAGGAAAUGUCCCAUUAUUUUUUUGUUAUUCCUACAUGAACAUUAUUGUAAGUAUUAAAGCUGACAAAAAAUACGCUGUGUGUUAAAAUUAACAGAUUUUAAUAAUCUUUCAUUUGUUUUUUUUUUUUUUUUAAUUUUUUUUUCCUGAUUUUCACAUUUUGGUCAAAAUGUCCAAUUUUUUGACGGUUCCCAAGAAUGUAUUGGUAAAAUCACUGCUUCGUUAAAUCCGGGGUUCGUGACAUCGGGGUUCUAGUGUAUUUAACUACGGCAAGCAGAAAACGUACAUGUAAACUAACCAGUAAAAAUAAACUGUCUUUUGACAUAUUUUCUUUAGAGGUGGCCUGUAGGGCGACGGACUUGUCAUGAAGGUUGAAGUGGGUUUAAAGCAAAGCCGUCUAGCAUUGUGAGUGACAGCAUCCUGCCAUUGUACGGCUGGUUUCUUAGCGAGUAGUGGUUUGGGGGAAGGGGGGGGGGGGGGGGGUU